AUGGCUAAAGAGGCGCGCAUUGUCCUCAACUGUGUUGGACCGGUAAAUGUUGCCUCCUUUCCCGUCCCUCUAACAUAUCCUUUGGUAGUACGCUCUGUACGGCGAAGAAGUUGUCUCCGCAUGUCUCGACGGGGAGGCUCACCAUCUCGACAUCAGUGGAGAGCCAGUGGUAUGUUCUCCAUGAAUCAUGCCUCCAGACUAUUAUGUGAUUCUCAGUUUCUAGAGUCGAUACAACUUAAUUUCAACGAAAAGGCAAAAGACAAAGGGGUCUUUGUUAUAGGCGCCUGUGGUUUUGACUCUGUCCCUUCCGAGGUCGGUGUGCAGUACACCAUGAAAAGCUUCCCCGGAGAAGUUACCGAAAUUGAAGGCAUAUUCAGGUUUCUUGGAGAGGUGAGUUUGUCCGUGAUCUCUCGAAGAUCUUAGGAGUGUGAAAAUGGCAAGAGGGAUACAUUAUAUACGUUCAAAUGCAUAAUGCCUACUUGCAACGUUUUUUUCGUUUUUCGCCAUCUCACUUUUAAUGUCUUUCUUUUGUGGGUAAGAAGCAAUCCGAGCCACUGCAGAUUGGUUUCCACCCGUAUUACCCCUUCUUCUAAUGACUGAGCUUGUAGAACCUGUCCUUAGUUCAUUAACUCGUCUUCUAACAACGUGCUUAUUGCGUUUAACCAUUUAAUUCGAUACUGCGUCGCGGUUGAAGAAUGUGUCCUCCGAUGAAGGCGAAAAAACGAGUUCUAGAAAGCUGUUGAGAAAAGGGAGAAACGGUCGAUGGAAUAAGUACUUUAUUCACCGGGUGUCUCGUCUUCACAUGCGAACCCAACGUGGGAUAAACGAUGAAUGUACAAGGGUCGCAGUAUUUGCGGUACGCGAUUCCUUGCUACUACAUUCUUCAAAAGCUAGAGAUUCCCUCAUUUAGCGAAGGUGGCAAUAAUAGCUAAAUUGUCGAAAAUCGAACCGUUAAUUACUCCAAUUUCACCACUGUAGUGUUUAUCGAUUCAAUGAUCACUCAACAAAUUGGCUCAUCGAAACAGUAAUUAGAAGCAGUGUUUGCCUUCCUGGUCUCCGCAUGUCUAAUUGUGCUGACCAGCCAAAGUCUCAGCAUCAAAGGCGCGGGUGAAGCACACCUCCAGCCUGAUGGUUCUCAA